AGCUGGCACGACUGUUGUGAAGUUACCUUGCCCAGAUGUCUUAUGCUUCUGGAAAACAUUGUGGUGAAAAUGCCUGGAUAUGCCUUGAAGGCUUAUUUCUAUUCUUGGGUCAAGGCUGAAAAGAAGGACUGUUUUCUUGUUUUCUGAAUGUUUCUGUGCAGAUUGAGCUGUAAGUGCAGAAAGAAUGUAAAAGGGUAGCCAAUCUCAAAUGCUUAUUUGCUUCUUGCUGUUUUUCAAACUGGAAGUCCUGAAAAUUGAUUAAUUCACAUUUUUGUACCUUGGCAACUGGGAACUUUCUGACCUAGUUAAAUGGACCCUUUGUUUUGUUGUUUCCUUCCAGAUGUGAUAGGCAGAUGAAGAAACCUCAGGAAAAGCAGUGUGGUCAUCUGAGAUUUCUUUUAAGGAUAUUAACUGAUAUUUCUGGAACUUGGUUGUAGAAGUAGAUCAUCUCCUUCCAUAUCCUUAGCCAAGCUGCAAUUCACUUCACUUUGCCUUAAUUUUGCAGACACUUACACUUGCCUUUAGCCUUUGUGCUGCACUAGUAAUGGAAGUAAAUCCAAAUGCCAGGACAGCCAGACCUUCUGUGCCUGUCUCCCCCAGGCACAGCUGACCAAUCACCAUGCAUCCACAUGACCUUGACCUCACCAAACCCAUUGAAGAUCAGGGCCCUUUGGAUGUGAUCAUACACAAACUGACAGAUGUCAUCCUUGAAGCAGACCAGAAUGACAGCCAGUCACUGGAGCUGGUUCAAAGGUUCCAGGAGUAUAUUGAUGCUCAUCCAGAAACCAUUAUCCUGGACCCUCUUCCAGCUAUUCGCACACUUCUGGACCGAUCCAAGUCUUACGAGCUAAUUCGACAAAUAGAGGCAUACAUGCAAGAUGAGAGGAUUUGUUCACCACCCUUUAUGGAGCUGACAAGUGCCUGUGGAGAAGAUACCUUGCAGCUUAUAGAGAAGAAUGGACUGGCAUUCCCAUUCAUUUGUAAAACCAGAGUGGCCCAUGGAACCAACUCUCAUGAGAUGGCAAUCAUCUUCAACCAGGAGGGCCUGAAAGCUGUUCACCCCCCUUGUGUCAUUCAGAGCUUCAUCAAUCACAAUGCCGUGCUGUAUAAAGUCUUCGUGGUUGGGGAAUCCUACACAGUGGUGAAAAGACCAUCUUUAAAGAACUUCUCUGCAGGAAUCUCAGACAGAGAAUCAAUAUUUUUCAACAGCCACAAUGUUUCAAAACCGGAAUCCUCAUCUGUCUUAACAGCAGCUGAGGUUUGUUUGGUACCACGAGCCAGCAUGACUGUGUCCCCCUCUGGUUUUCCUUACCGAGCUCCGCUGGAUAAAAUCGAAGGAGUAUUUGAGCGGCCAAAUGAUGACGUCAUCCGGGAAAUCUCGAAGGCUCUGCGACAAGCUCUGGGCGUUUCCCUCUUUGGAAUUGAUAUCAUCAUUAACAAUCAGACUGGGCAGCAUGCCGUCAUUGAUAUAAAUGCAUUCCCAGGUUAUGAGGGCGUUUCUGAAUUUUUCACAGAUCUCCUGAACCACAUAGCUGCUGUCCUGCAGGGUCAGGCACCUGAGGUGACACAGCUAAACCGUAGCAAGCUCCUGGCAGAGCAGACCAGCGGGAUCAUGGACGAGCGGAUAUGCUGCACUAGCACAGGCUGUCUCAGCGUCAUGGGAAAAGACUCCUCCUGGAUUGUGGAAAGUGAGACCAACAGCUCAGUAAAACUGCAACACCAGAGACUAGGCUGCAACUCGGCAGUGUCCCCCAGCUUCCAGCAGCACUGUGUCGCUACGUUGGCAACAAAAGCUUCUUCUCAAUAACUUGCUGAUGCCAUGGACUGAAAAAAAGCCACAGGGAUACAAAUUGUGGUCCCACAACCAGAUCAGGCUGUAACAGUACAUGUGAAAUUGAAAACAAAAUAAAGCCAACAAACCACAACACAAAACACAAUGUAGAAAAACAAAAUGAAAAUCCCUUCCAUUUGAUUUAA